AGGUGCUGCUGCACGCGCCCCCCGCCGUACAGGCCCUGCAGCUGCGGCCGCUGCUGCUGGCACUCAGCCCCUGGCUGAUGUGUCACGGCCAUGCGGUGCGCACAUACGCGCAGCUGGUGAUGUGGACACUGCUGCAGCGGUUCCCGCCGGAGGAGCGCGUGUGGGGCAACUCUAUAGCCGACCUGAGCUACCUGCGCCAGAUGCUGGAGUUCAUGCGCACCAACGUGGACCUAGUGCGGCUGCGCAAGAACAUCGGCGACCCCAUCCUGGAGUGGUACCCCGCCGGCCUGGCGCACCCGGCCCGCGUGUUCGCAUCGGGGGCGGAGGGGGUGUGCCUGGCAGG